GGGCCGGUAAACGCACUACAGUACGGUGUGAAGUGUGAACCUUACUGCAUCACCGCUAUUCCUCCUAUACUCUCCCUCUUCCCUUCCCACGCUUUCUGAGACAGAAAAUGUGGGGGAGUGCAGAAGGAGGACCUCCAGAGGUCACCCUCGAGACUUCCAUGGGGCCUUUCACCGUCGAGCUAUACUACAAGCACGCUCCAAGAACUUGCAGAAACUUUAUCGAACUCUCCCGCCGGGGCUAUUACGACAACGUCAAAUUCCACAGAAUCAUCAAGGACUUUAUAGUGCAAGGAGGGGAUCCCACUGGGACAGGAAGGGGUGGAGAAUCCAUAUAUGGUAAGACAUUCGAGGAUGAGAUAAAGCGCGAGUUGAAGCAUACUGGAGCUGGUAUUUUAUCCAUGGCAAAUGCAGGUCCAAAUACAAAUGGAAGCCAGUUCUUUAUUACCCUGGCUCCCACUCCCUCACUGGAUGGAAAGCACACAAUAUUUGGAAGAGUUUGUAGAGGAAUGGAAAUCAUUAAGAGGCUCGGGAGUGUCCAAACUGAUAAUAAUGAUAGACCCAUCCAUGAGGUGAAGAUCCUGCGGGCAACAAUCAAAGAUUGAUACAGUGAUGUUGUAAUGAAACCAAGCUUUCUGUAUCCAGAAUGGCCAAGACCCUUUUGAUUUUCCUGAUUACUGUGUAAUUUGAAUAUGUGAUGGACAUUAUAUUUGGGCGAUUUACAGGGACAAGAAGAAAGAAUAACAUAUGAAAAUGGUUAAUGUUGGUCUGAAAGUUGAGCCCUUUUAAUUUCUCUGUUGAGUACAACUUAGGUAUCUUGCUGCCCUUAUUUUUAUUAAGAAGUUGAUGUGCCAUUUGGGCCUACAGUUGAUGGAAUGUCUAAUUUCGGGAAUAGUUAUUGUAUAAAAAUUAGUAUUAGCUUUUUGUAAAUUCACUCAGUAAUUGCAUUCGAUAUGGAAUAUAAUAGGAAUAAACAUUCACAGUGAAA